AUGACAUGGUUCAGACAUAUAUACCCACAGGCUAACAUUAACUCACAGGACCUCAGUGACGUCAGUGCCUGCCUGGACACUGGUCAGAUAAACAGGAAGAUGGUCACGGGUGAUGGCGGCGCCCUACUGUGGGUGUCUGUCGUUGUAAGCUGCUGUUUGUCUGCUGGGGUGACGUCAGGAACAAAAACUGAGAUGACGUCACGGACCGGGCCUGAGAUAGGCCUGGAGUACAGGCUUGUCAUGAUACCAGUCUACAAAGUGGAGGCUUUAGGGUUUUAUGGUCUGGCAAAAGGGUGGAGGGAGAUGAUCAAACAGUCGCUCGUAGACGAUGAGGAGGAGGAGAGACGGGGAUGGGGAGAUGGUCGAGAUAGGGGACGAGAAGAUGGUGGUGGUGGUCGUGAUGAUGGUCGCGGUGGUGGUAAAGAUGGUGGUGGAGGUAAAGAUGGUGGUGAUGGUGGUGGUCGAGGUGAUGGCCGUAGUGGUGGUGGUGGUGGCGAUGGUCGAGAUGGUGAUAAAGAUGGUGAUGGCCGUGAUGGUGGUGAGAAAGGGGUUGACGGAAAUGGAGAAGGGGGAAAAGGAAGAGGAAGAGAGGGCGAAAGAGGAGCUGAUGGUGGUGGUGGUGGCGACGGGAAAGAUGAUGGAGACAAUGGAAGAGGAAGAAGUGGAGGAGAAGAAGGAGACAGAGGAGGAGGAGACGGAAGAGGGGGAAAGGGAGAAGGAAGAGGAAGAUCUGAGAGGCAAAGAGCAAGAGAAAUUUUGAAAUCACUGUUGGGCAAGCGUUUGUCCGAGAAGUGUGACAUCGAGGGAUUGACAAACUGGGCUGAAUGGGACGGUCCUCUCGAUCUGGACAUCAUCUGGUUCACGAAAAAGAAAGUCAGAGAUAUGAUGGAGGAUAAUGACGAUGAUAGUGGGGAUGAAAACGACUGGGAGAAAGGCCCAGAGGAAGGCCGACAGGAAGAGAGAGAUGGUCGAGAACCUCGUGGACGCCGUAGAGGAGACAAAGACAGAGAUGACGAAUGGGACUGGAAAGGGGCUUAUUAUCCUCGACGUGGUAUGCCUUACAGGGGUAUGCCUAUGCCUCCUUAUCCACAAGCUUAUCCAGGAUGGAACCCGUAUGCAUCUUUUUGGUGGCCUCGAGAUCCGAACCCAUUCUACCGGCAAUACGAGAACGAGAACCCGAAGGAGCCUACGGAGAAAGACUACGUGUACUACUUUUUGAAGAAGAUCUUGUCUCAAAAUAUGAAGAAGUACUCAGAGAGAGACCUGACUAACGCUUGCGUCAAUGGGUGUGGGGUGGAUGUACCAGAAGGCCUUUAUCGAUCAUGCUCCGACUGCUCCAAGUACUGGCGAUGUCUCGACGGGCGAGGGACUCUUAAUGACUGCGGUUCGAACCUACAGUUCAACCACAUCACUGACCAAUGUGACCUUCCUUCACAAGUAAUCUGUAGUGCGACCAAAGACAUAGGGCUACCGGCUUCGGUCAAAGAAGGCGAUUCUGAAGAUGAGAAGAAUGGGAAGAAUCCAAAACACGAGAAAAAGACUGACGAGAACAAAGGAGGGGAAAGGAAAAGGGAACAGUAAAGAAGAUAAGGACAAAUUCUACCGG